AUGCCCUUCUUUCGCUGCUUCAUUCUGCUUCUUGGUGUUCUUGCUGCUGGCGGGGUGACCAUUAGAGAUUACCAGCCUGGUGACAACAUGGAUUCUGAAGACUUAAAGAGCUAUUGUGAAGUAUUCGAAUGCUUAGUAGCAGUAGAUGCUCCUACCAGCAAGGCACCCAAGAAAAGAAGGCGACCUGGCCUACGUCGUCUGGUGUGCCAGCUUGUCGUCCCUGAGUGCUCUCAUGCCAGUUUACCGUUACAGAAGGCCGACGUCGUGAAGGCAUCGGUUAGAGAGAAGCCCAAGGUUGUCGCCGUGUACCUCCAUGUAGAAGCGAAGAAAAAAGAAGCUAUCAAGCUGUACGAAAAGCUCGGGUUUGAAAAAGUCCUUGACCGUGGUUAUGGUUUCGUAUACGCAUAUUAUAUAUAA